AAUUAACUUCCCUUCCUAUCUCUCCCUAUAUAAAUAUCGGAAACUCUUCCUUUUCUUCUCACAACAAGAGCUACCCAAAAAUGGGAAAAAAAAACUCCCUGAUCCUUCUCCUCUUCCUCUUAGGUUUCUAUUCUGAAACCGUCAAGUCUCAAAACUGCAAUUGCGCCCCAAACCUUUGUUGCAGUCAGUUCGGUUACUGCGGUACCACAAUGGAUUACUGUGGUCGUACGUGCCGAUCAGGUCCUUGUAGAGGGAGUGGAACCUCAACCAGUGCUGUUUCGGUCGGUACCAUUGUGACGGAAGGUUUCUUUAACGGUAUAAUCAACCAAGCCGGUAGUGGCUGCGCCGGAAAAAGAUUCUACACCCGUGACUCUUUCAUUAACGCCACUAGAACUUUCCCCAACUUUGCUAAUUCCGUUACUAGGCGUGAACUUGCUACCUUGUUUGCUCAUUUCACCUACGAAACCGGACAUUUCUGCUACAUAGAAGAGAUAAACGGAGCCUCAAGUAACUUUUGCGACAGGAAUAACAAACAAUAUCCAUGCACACCGGGCAAGAAUUAUUAUGGUCGUGGUCCAGUCCUACUAUCAUGGAAUUUUAACUACGGACCUUGCGGCCAGAGUCUCGGCCUCGACCUUCUACGCCAGCCCGAGCUGGUCAGUAGUAAUCCAAUUGUGUCUUUUAGGACGGCUCUAUGGUUUUGGAUGCAAAGCGUACGGCCCGUACUGAACCAGGGAUUCGGAGCCACUAUAAGAGCCUUCAACAGGCUGGAGUGUGACGGUGGGAACUCACGUGCGGUGAAUGCAAGGAUUGGAUACUAUAGCGAUUAUUGUAGACAGCUUGGUGUGGACCCUGGAACCAACAUCACAUGCUAGAAUUUAGUUCUUCUGCUGUAUAAUGAUACACGUGACGUGGCGCGUGAAUGUUAAAGGUGAAAUAAAAAGUAAUAAAAAAAAAGUUUUUAUAAUCUUAUGAAUCGUGAAUAAAGAUUAAUAAAACGAUUAUACAAAAAAAUAGUUUGAGAAUUGGAUAUUAUAGAGACUAUUGUAGACAGUUUGGUGUGGACCUUGGAGAAC